CAACACCUGAAACAAAGAAACAAAAUGUAAAUUAUAUGGAGCUCAAGAAAAUAACGACAAAUGCAUACAAACGUAUUACUUUAGUUAAUAAUACGUAGUCGUACAAUUUACAUUAAUAUUCACGUUUAUAUCGUGCACGGCUUAUCUAUAAUAGAGGUUGAAAGUCACAAUUAGUUGUACAAAAAUUAUGAAUGACUCUUUAGGUCUAAUAAAACGAAGAAAAUAAAUAAAAAUAUAAAUAAAGCGACGGGGACAACAAAGUUCACAAAAAUUUACGCACUGUAAAUAAAUGCAAAUUAAUCAAUGAGAUAUUGACAACUAAGUAUCACUAAGUAGCGAGUGAGUGUCCGAUAAUGCCAACAAAUAUUUACCACGAAAGACAGACGCGUCAGCUAUGUGCGCUCCAUACGCUUAAUAAUCUUUUCCAAGGUCAGCAAUCGUACACGAAAGAACAAUUGGAUCAAAUAUGCAACGAUCUAAGUCCAAAUGUUUGGAUCAAUCCACAUCGUUCACCAUUGGGUUUAGGCAAUUAUGACAUUAAUGUUAUUAUGACGGCACUGCAAAUGCGGAACUGCGAAGCAGUUUGGUUUGACAAACGCAAAGACCCGUCCUGCAUAGAUUUGAAUGCAAUUGUCGGUUUCAUUCUUAACGUGCCUUCGGACUACAAAUUCGCAUUUGUCACAUUGCCAUUGCAAAAACGUCACUGGAUAGCCAUACGUCGUAUCGAUGGCAAGUACUACAAUUUAGACUCGAAACUGCGGGAGCCCGAAUGCAUUGGCGGCGAGACUGACUUACUAAUCUAUCUGAGGGCACAACUUGAAACAAACAAGCGGGAAUUGUUCGUUAUAGUUGAGAAGACGUCAGCGUCUAGCGAACAGCAAAAUGUAAUUUGGUUGAAAUCUGAGACAAAAGCGAAACCGCCAAGCGACAGAAAUGGUUCCAACCAUAUAGCCUAAGGGAAAAAAUGAGAUAAUUUUGUGAGUCGGCUCUAGUCGUUUUCAUCUUAGAAAAAUAUUAAGUAAAAUGGACAGCUUAAAAUGUCAACGGCUUUCGUGCAAUUCAAAUGUUUUUACUCACUGCUUGAUACUAUUUUCUACAUGUAAUUCUAAGGAUAAUAUAAUUAGUCUCGAACAAACUUUUGCGUAACUCCAGAAACCAAUAAUGUACAAGCAUGGAACAAAAGCGCAAUUGCAACUAUACAAAUAUUUCGUAUCAUUCAAUUAACUGAAUUAAAACUAUAACUGUAUAUAUAAA